AUGGACCUCAUGCAGCCCUGCGCGCGCUCGCUCCGUGCUGCCAUUCCCAAUGGCUCACCGCGAAUAGCGCCACUUCUCCGCAGUCGUCCAUUGUCGACGAGCAGACCCUCGCUCUACUCAGCAGACAACAUCUUACUGCCGCGGAUACCGGUUGACGUCUACGACCCCGCCGCCGAUAUCCCCAAAGACCCGUACAUCGGCGUCACCAGCCCAUACGAUCUCCUCCCUCCAGGCACAAAAAUCCUCAAAGACUCGGGCGGUAACCAGCUGCACCCUGACCGCGCUCUCUGCGACGCGAUCCAACGACUACAAACAACGCCCUGGCGCAUAAAGACGGAGCCUCACAGCUACCUCGAGCGCGGCUACGUCUUCCCCACGCCCGCCCUCGCCUUCGACUUCGUGGGCCGCAUGUGGGUCAAGGCCAGGACAGCGUGGAACCACCAUCCGACGUGGGCCGGCUGCGGGCGCCGCGUCUACAUGUGCUGGCAAUCGAAGCAGAACAAUGAAAUAGGGCUCACCGCGCGCGAUAUGGUUCACGCGCUAGCGUGCGACGCGAGGGCAGCGAAGCUCGUUGGUGGUGGUGCCGCCGCCGGCGCCAGCGUCAUCGGCUCCGAUCGCGGCUGGGAGGAACCCAACCGGCUGUUUGGGGCCAAGGAACUGCAAGUGCAUCCCUUCUAUCCGAGGCAAAGGCAAUUGUCCAAGAACAUGACCAAUUUCUCCAUCAUCACCAAAUGGGUCAAGGACACGGCCUUCGUCCCAAAGGUGGCUGCGGACGAGGAGCAUUACCCCGUGUGGAGCGUGAUACACGGUGCUGCUUGCGUUAGUCAAACCUACUGGAGGGUUGUCGAUGGUCCUGAUGAGACGACGCUUCUUCUGCCCCCCAAAAACCUGUUUGGGUGGGAGCCGGACAAGCGGGUGUUGAUGAAGGAUAGCACCCAAAGCAGGCUCUUGAUAAACCUGCUUCACCGAGUGGCGCCUCGAAACAAAUAG